AUGCUUCCGAUAACGUGUCUCUUCUUCGCUUUCUCGUACGGUCUCAGCACCGCUUCUGCUGGAACAGUCAAGCAUGGGGGGAAUUGCUCCGUCAGCAACCAACGUCUAGACUCUGGAACCUAUCAGUUCUACUCGGAGUGCGACGCUGUGACCUACUGUUCUCCUGCCAGCAUCUGCGAACUGAAAGGCUGCAGAAAGGACGUCUUUCCUUUCGGAUAUGCGUCUGGCAGCUCGCUCCCUCCGCUCUGUGGGUCUGGCAGAUUCUGUCCUGAUGAGGGCAGCAUGUGUCUGUCUGUGGCGCCUGUUGGAAGCCCAUGUCAAUUCAAUAGAGAUGAUCAAUGCGAAGGGCCGCCGAAUCACAAAGAACUCGCUGAUCAUACCGGGUUUGGUCUAAACGUGAACGGCUCCGUGUGCCUGAAUAACUCAUGCAUGUGGGCCAAUGCUUCCUUAGGUGACACAUGCGUUGUGCAGAAUACCGCCUUCGCUGCGUUUGGGCACAAUGGCAAGGAAUUUGCGGAUAUAGUGUCACGUGAUAAUUGUCAAGUGGGGCUGUAUUGCGACUCGCAGAAAUUGCAUUGCUUGCAAACCAAGGUCAUUGGUGUGACUUGUAAUGCGGACAAAGAGUGUUCGACGUACAAUUGUCUCGCUUCCGGUAUGUGUGGCCCAAGGACAGACACCCCGACUCAUGUUGCAACUUGGGUAUACGCUCUCGUCGGUGCGGGCUCCUGCGGCGGGAUACUCGCGACACUAAUAGCUUUAUUCUUGUUCCAUAAAAAGGAGCGCGAGGCAGAGCGCGAGAGGCGCAUGUUGUACUGGCAGGAGCAGCACGCACUGCGACAAAAUUUCAUAGAUAUGCAGAAGACUGCGCAGGAUUCUCUCCCAUCGUUCGCAAUCGGGUCGUCAAGAAGCCAGCCGGGUCAAUCGCCGUUCAGGUACUCCUCGUAUGCCGAUUCGCAAACGUCCAUGCUUGGGGGCGGUAUGACAAGGUCUAGUGCCCUGCGAUUCAACGCAAUAGACUCGGAGGAUGUGUCGGGAGGCAGUAGCGACAUUCCCGUCAUGCAACGGGGUGGGAAGCGCUACUCUGGAUAAUCUCUGUGUUCACUAGCGCAGGUUUGGCUUUCUUCUCUUGCCAAUCACACAGCAUUAUCUUGUCGGUUCAACUUUUCCCUAUCCUGUAAUACUGUCGCGUUGUAAGUAGUUAUCAUAGAUUACCGCUACGUUGAAUGAAAAGUAUAAUGAAGU